UAACAGGCCGUCGGUUGAAGAGGGUGUCCGGUUCUCGAAGUUGGCAGAGAGAGGAUCUUCUAACUAACCCAACCGUCAGACGGUGUUGGGUGACAAAAACAUUACUGAGAAAACUUGGGAGACUUAUUUUAUUACACGUGAUUCCACACUUCUUCAUUGGAGUUAUUAUUGAUCUCCAUCUGCCCGUCCCGCGCGACAGGUGAUGUGACGGAUUCCUAGUUUGGCGCGGAGAGGAGACCGUCACCUGCCAGGGCGCGCGGAGAGGAGACCGUCACCUGCCAGGGUGCGCUGGGGAGGAAGGACACUGUAAAACAGAGGCGGAGAGGAGACCGUCACCUGCCAGGGCGCGCUGGGGAGGAAGGACACUGUAAAACAGAGGCGCAGAGGAGACCGUCACCUGCCAGGGCCGCUGGGGAGGAAGGACACUGUAAAACAGAGGCGCAGAGGAUUGCCUCUUGCAGGAUACUAUAGAGACGAAGAGGAGUGUAUCGUCAAUUCGCCUGUGGAUUUAUGCUGUUUUUAGGCUACCCCAUAACCAACUUUGGUAAAGGCUACUAGGCUGUUUGUUAUUGUAGUACCCUGAAGACUUUAAUAACGGCAGAAUGCAGCAGCCAACGGCACAACAACCACCACCACAAACAACAACAGAUGUCCUGGACCCCACAGCUCAGUAUAUGAAGCGUCGGAGGACAGCGUUAUGGGUGACCAUCUCCCUGUUGUCUCUGUCUGUGGUGGUUCUGGUGGUGGGACUGGUCUCUGCCACCCGUACCGGGAACGUGGCUGUCGCUGGAUACUACCCUGGCAUCACCCUGAGUUUCGGAGCGUUCUUAGGGAUCGUUGGAAUUAAUUUGCUAGAGAAUCGAAGACCCAUGCUCAUGGCAGCCAUCAUCUUCAUCAGUAUGGGAGUCAUCGCUUCCUUCUUCUGUGUCAUCGUGGACGGAAUCAUCGCGGCUGAGUUCAUAGACAGUAGACCUCUGCUGGAGGACAGGUGUGAGUUCUACGCCAGUGGAUCAGGGUACGCCUACGACAACUAUUAUACUGAGGUGAUGUGCAGCUCAUUCAACAGUGAGUGUAAAGUGAGAAUGAAGAGCAACACCUGCUACUGCUGUGACCUGUACAACUGUGAGAGUCCAGACUACCAUACCCAUUACUAUGAGUUCACGGGGGUGAGUAGCUGCUGGGAUGUGGUCCAUCUCCAUCGUCUGCUGUGGGCCUGUGUGGUGCUCAACAUAAUGGGCCUGUUCCUGGGAAUCAUCACAGCUGCUAUACUGGGGGCUUACAAGGACCUGGUGGGCGGG